GGCGGCUUAAAUUUUAUUUUCCAUUUUUAAUACUUUCUUCUUCUUCUACUGGCAAGCAUUAUUAUUUUCACCACAUUACUCGUUCACAUGGGGGUCUAAGUCUAUCUUUGAAAAUCUGUGAAAUGAUAACCAUACAUAUUAUCAAAACAACUUUAGUUGAAUGAGGAUAAUGCUAAAAAACCGGAUAUAUCAAUUGAAUAUAUGAAUGACAGAAUGUGUAAAUGAUUUGGAUAUUCUGUAUGGAGAUACAAGCCAUUUCUAGCCAAAUACUGUGAAAUAUAAGACCUUGCGUAAGUAUAUAACAACAUCUAAUAAAUUCAGUUAUGGACGAAGACAGUUUAAGCGAUAACAGUGGGAAUCUUGAGGACUCUGAUGAUGAUGGUAAUGACGCUGUUUCUUCCACAUCUCAUGAUCCAAUUCACCAUGACCUGCGUCAAAGUGAUGGUGCACCCAAACAAAAAAAGAAGCGAAAACGUAAAGAGGGUAGAAAACGUAUCCGAAAAAUUCUGUCUGAAGAACAGCUUGACAGUGAAACUCUGAGUGCUCAGAAAGAGGAACAGGAAAGGCUUAGACGUUUGGAACUACAGAAAAGUUUAAAUACAGCAACACCAGCAGCUAGGAGUGCUUCACCUUUAGACAAAAGCUCUCCACAUUUGGAGACAACUAAUGUGCCAGCACAGCCUGUGGUUGUUGAUGUGCCACGUAAAGACCCAGAUCGGAUAAUUGUUAUCGAUGAUAGCGACGAUGAGUGUGAUAUUAUUAUUGACAAGCCACAGCCUUUAUCGGAUUGUGUGAUUAUUUUGGAUUCUGAUUCGGAACAUUCAACAGAGGAGGAGAACGAGGCAGAUGAGGAGCCUGAGAAUAGUGGAAGUCAUACUAAUGAUGAUGUCAACCAACCUGAUGUUCAUGGACGAGUUUUGGUGAAUGUUAAUCACCCACCAACUGAACCUGAUAUAUUUCUAGCAUCACAUCUUUGUAGCGUGGCCAAACCCCACCAGAUUGGAGGAAUAAGGUUUCUUUAUGACAAUUUGGUGGAAUCUUUGUCUCGCUACGAAGUUAGUCCAGGAUUUGGAUGCAUCCUAGCACACUCAAUGGGUCUGGGAAAAACAUUGCAAGUGAUUUGCUUUAUCGAUGUCUUCCUUCAAUUCACGAAAGCCACUAAAGUUUUGUGUAUUGUUCCGAUGAAUACCAUUCAAAAUUGGUAUAGUGAGUUCAAUUUAUGGCUACCAGAAGCUCCAUCCAGUCAAGCUAGGGAGCAAACAUCUGAGGAAGGUUUGAUGAAAGAAGAUGGUAAUCAAGAAAAGCAAGGAAGAACAUUUCAAGUAUUAUUACUUGGUGAAAGUGUGAAAACUACUGUCGCGCGAUCAGCUUUGAUAGGAAAUUGGGAGAAGAACGGUGGCGUGCUGCUUAUGGGUUACGAGAUGUAUCGAAUACUGGCUAUGUAUACGCCAUCGCUGGUCAACAAUACUAAACUAACUGGAAGUAAAAGAAAGAGAACUAACACUAACACAACGGAGGUUAUUGAUCUUGAUGAAGAGGAGAAAAAUAUGGAUCUGUUGCUUGAAGUGCAGAAAUCUCUUUGUAAACCCGGCCCCGAUCUUGUUGUAUGUGAUGAAGGCCAUCGUAUUAAAAAUAGUCAAGCAAAUAUUUCGCAAGCUCUAAAGAAAAUACACACGAGACGGCGUGUAGUACUUACUGGUUAUCCAUUGCAAAACAAUUUGAUGGAAUAUUGGUGCAUGGUGGAUUUCGUUCGGCCUAAUUUUCUGGGAACCAGGCAUGAGUUUUCAAACAUGUUUGAAAGACCUAUUGUUAACGGGCAGUGUGUGGACAGCACAGCAUCGGAUAUCAAAUUGAUGCGUUUCCGAGCCCAUGUUUUGCACAGUCUUCUGGAGGGCUUUGUACAAAGGAGGAGCGAAGCAGUUCUCACGAAGACAUUACCCGAAAAAGAAGAAUAUGUUAUUCCUGUGAAGAUGACGUCUGUUCAAAAGUCUUUAUACAAAGCAUUUGUGACUUCAGCGAUGCGUUAUGUGGGUUAUAUUAAUCCUAUUAAAGCAUUUGGGAUAUGUAUUAAGAUUUGGAAUCAUCCAGACAUUCUGAAAAACUAUCUUGACAGUAAGAAAGAUGCAAGCAGAAAUGCCUCGCCUUUGACUGUAUGCGACCCAGACUUAGAUAUUGGAGUUAGCGUAAGCAAGAAAACGAAAGAUUCAAAGAACGAUGCUAAACUGCAGCUAAACACCAACUCAGAUACCACUAUGUGUCCACCUGAUCCAAAGGCAAUAGCCAAUGUUUCUGACUGGGUUGGCGACUUGAUGGACAAUUACAAAACUGGUGUGUUACAACAUGGUUCGAAGUUAGUCAUUUUGAUGGAGCUCAUCGAUAAGUCUCUUCAAAUGGGAGAUAAAAUUCUCGUAUUUAGCCAAAGUUUAUCCACACUUAGCCUCAUCGAAGAUUUUCUUCGAAAACGUGUCGUUCCACCAUUGCCAUCUCAACUCAUGUUUCAACCUGUUCACUGGGAGAAAAACAAGAACUACUACCGUCUAGACGGUGGUACCUCAUCACAAGAGCGUGACAAGCUAAUUACGGCGUUCAAUUCAAAAACAAACCAAUCAGUUUACCUUUUCCUGUUAUCAACAAGGGCGUGUAGCUUGGGUGUGAACUUGAUUGGUGGUAAUAGAGUUGUGAUAUUUGAUGCUUCGUGGAAUCCAUGUCAUGAUGCACAAGCUGUUUGUAGGAUAUAUAGGUACGGGCAAACGAAAAAAUGCUUUAUUUAUCGUUUGGUCAGCUAUGGUACUUUUGAGAAACGAAUGUAUGAACGUCAAAUAACAAAGGAGGGAAUGUCAGAUCGAGUUAUUGAUGAACUAAAUCCCGAGGCAAAUUUGACGAAACUGGAAGUGAUGCAUCUUUUCAAGGAACAGGGCAGUGACGACGAGGAUCCCAGUCUUAAUAUUUCAGCAAAUGCAUUUCCUGAUCCAGUCUUGAAUUAUGUUUGUGGGACCUGUCAUGAAUCCAUUCUUGAGACACCAUUCAAACAUAAGCUGCAAUCGUCACGUAAAUUAAGAAACAUUUUGACAAAAGCAGAAAAACGCGAGGCAAAGAAAGGCUAUGAACGUGAAAAGCGAGCAAUCGAUUCUGCAAACAAAUACAGCUCGUCUUCCACCGUCUGUUCACCAUUAGUAAGGGAACAAAUCAGGAAGGAAGUGAUAAAUCGUCCUAUUGGUCAUGUUAAACCGAUACAAAGUGUCCAGGCUAGUGCCAGUCCCCCUGUGGGACAACCCGUUUCGUCUCUUCCUCUACCGGUUCAACCCUAUGCCAAUCCCUUCAGAGCUGACUUACCUUCUAUGGCUUACAUGGCAGGCAUGACUCUUCCACCUCUUCUCAAUAACAGAUUUUACCAAACGGGAGAAUUGCGACCGUUGUCCCCAUACCCUAGUAAUUUCCCGUUGCCCUACCCUUUCCCCGAAAUCAACCCUGACUUACGACCAUCAAGUGGAAUCCGACAACCAAUAGUCGUUGAUUUAUUAACCUCUCCUGAAGAGAAGUCCGAUGCAGCAAAUAAAGUAGAAACUACGCCUAAAAGUGCAGAGAAAAAUGGAGAGGCAAAUAAUACUGCCAAUAAUGCCGGUAAGGUAGCUACUCCUGAGGUCGCAAAUCCUCAAUCGUUGUGUGUUAAAUCAAGUAAUUCAGACCCGGUUUCCCUUGAUACGUCAAAAAGUAAUGCGGGCUCUUCUGAUCAGCCUGGUGUGGCCACUAGUGUAAUGACCAAAAAUGUCACAACCGUUUGCGAGUCAAAUAUUCAAAAACCAACGAUGCUGAAUAGCAACCCGAAGGAAGAUUUUGAGAAUGCGAUGAUAGAUAAAGCUACUUCUAGUUCGGGAACUAAUCCUGACAUAAUCACAACUAAAAACUACAAUAAUCCUACAACAUCCAAUGUUAUAACUCUGUCUACGGAGACUGCUGGACCUCAAUCAGACCACACACCAAUUAUGGCGGCUAGUACCGUUCAGCAAUUGACAAAUAAUCCAGUAAUUUUUCAACAAUCAGUACCCGAUCAAAACGGGUCUGGCCAUGCAACAAUUACGGAACAAAACAGUGAGAUUUCUACGCUGGUGGAAAGCAACUUACCCACUACAAACAUCGCUGCAGACUCCAUCAUGUGAAUUCAUCAAAAUGUUGAACAAACAUGAAACGAUGAUUGAAAGUAUGGUUUCUCUAUAAGGGGCCAAAUAACCAGCUGGGAACUUGACUUAUUCACUAACCUGCCUGAUCUGCACAAGACAGGCUUUUGUAUAACUAAAAAUAGUGCAGUAUCUCGGUUGCGUUAGCCUUUACUGCCCUGACAAACUAUACGUUUGAUUAAUUGUAUAUAAUAAAAACACUACUUUUAACACUGAAAUUGAAUCUUUUCUACAAAAAUGUUUUGCACAUAUGUUGUGUACAAUAAUUACACACCUGCCGUCAAAUAUAAAUGUGACAGGUAACUUCAAAUAUGUCAAAAACGUAGCGAGAUAUGACAAUCUUUGACAGAUUUUUUACAUGUUUUUAAACCUUUGUUUAUAUAAGGCCGCGAUAAAUUAUUUUUGUUGCUAUUGUCUUUCAGGAUCUUUUCCACUUAUCGUAAACGACGUUGGAUCUGUAAGCAACGGAAAAUGAAACGACCGAAUCCGGAAAUGACCGACCGAAAAUAUUUGCCGAAAAUUAGUGAGUGCGUGUCCCUAUAAAAUUCAUUGAUUACCAAUUCAAAAUUGAAAUGCUCAAUUGCUAAUAAGCUGUUAAACUUAUUGGGCACAAAGAUAAGGCACUGUGCCUAGCGUGAAUUUAGUAUGGAAACAUGUUUGCUUUGUCUUGCUUAAUCGUUGCAAACCAAGGCCAAAGAAUAGAAACCAUGCAUGUUCUAUUCUGUGCCAGGGCGUUUACAUAGAUCUAUAUGAGCACCCUGUUGCAAACAAUAGCUGAAAUAACCCAAAACCAGCACAUAAAAGGCCGUGUUACACGAUGCACUUUUUCUUGCAACUUUGCAAUGCAAUUCCAUUUUUGAGAGAUGUGAAUUUGGCGAAUGCAAAACUUUAGUAUUUACACCCUCCAACGAUGUUUUCUUAUUCGUACAUUUUGAAAACUCUUUCACUAAUUUACAUCUUUCAAAAGCAGAAUUGCAUUGCAUAACAUAAUAACAAUCACUCUCAUCGUCGUGCACUUUUUUCAGAAAGAAUUGAGCGCGCUUUAAAAUUUGGCAAUUCUGCGGGAACGCAAUUUUAGCUUCCACUAUUUCCGGUUUCGGUUAUUUCCGGUUUCGAUCGUUACGGUUCCGAUGUUUACAGAGA